CGAUAACAAAAAUUCCCUAGUGUACUAUUUCCUCUAUUAAAAUCAAAAUAAACAUUAAUAGGCAACCUUUAUUACAAUGUCAUCUAUAUAUAUAUAUAACGAAUAAAUAGAACAGUUUCAUAUUCAUUGUAUAAAUUAACGAAACAAGUUUGAAAAUACUGUGUUUUCCAUUGCGUAUGUUAAUUUUUCGGCUUAAAAAGUGUUCUUUAAAGAAUUUCUCUUAAGAAUGUUGUUACUUUCUUAAUUAAUAAAUCCACAAGAAUAGCUGGAUUUCGUAUAAAUAUCGAAUAAAUUAUUUGAAUAAAAAUUAUAAUGUCAAAACGGAAAAAUCACAAACGAUCUCGACACAAACAAUUUUUAUAUCAAUCUCAAGAAACUUUAUUACAAAAUUCAGAUACUUCUGACGAGAUCGAUUAUGUAGAAAAUAAAUAUAUUUCUUUACAGAAAAAGUCGAGAUCAUCUGAACGACUUUUGCAUCAACGAUCCCCAGAAUCUGUAUUAUUCGAAUCUGAACAACCUGAUUUAUCAUACUAUGAUGAUUUAAGUCCAGAAAUCGUACCACGAUUUCGUCGAAUAAAAUUAGAUUUAAAUAGAUCAGAUAAACAUGAGGCAGAAGAGAAAAACAAUGGUGAAAAAGAGUCGGAAGUGGCUAAAAUAAGUCAAGUAAAUAAUUUGUUUAAACAGAAUAUCGAUGUAUCUGCGAAAGAAUGCUUUCUAUUAGACAAAACUCUAUCGAUGAAUCAGGAAAUAAAAUUAGAAAUGAACAAUUGUAAGUUUUUGCAAGAGAAAAAAUCUUUUUCAAGGAUUAAAUUUAACGAUUACACCACUACUGAAGUUCGUUCUCCAAAAUCAUCUUAUCACCUUCCUUGUGGUUAUAGCUCAGAACCAACAAAAUUUUCUAAUUUUAAUUCAGAAUCAGAAUCUCACGAAUUUCAUAAUUUUUUAGACGAAUUUCAAACAAUGAUUUCUACAUGCGACUCUGUAAGCCAAUACGAAGAAAAAUGGAAUAAACACGAUCAAGAUACGAGAGUUAAAAUAAUAAAUGAAAAAAUUGAGCAAGAUUCAGAUGGAAAUCGAUCCAAUAAUUGGAGUGAGUGCAGACAGAUUCUUUCAAAUUUACGAUAUUUAAGUAACAUUAAAGUACGAACUGCAAAUCAAGAAUUCUUUGGAAAUCGUGUUCAAACAAAUUCAUUUUCUUGUUAUACUUCUUCGUCAUUAACAUCAAAUGAGACUUCGAAUGAACGUAUCAAUAAACAUUAUUCCGUAGAAGAUGAGAAGAUCAAUAAUAAAAUCGAUGAUGGGGAAAAUUACACAGACGCGAAAAGUACAACAACGAGGAUUAGAGCUCGAUCGAUCACUCCUUGCAGUGGUUCACCUCCUCCUGCGAAAAGAUGUCGAACUACGCUUAAAUUUGAUGACGAAGUGGAAACAGAAGGAUCACAAAAACCUGUAGAUUCCGCUACAGUUACAGAUUUAUUGCAAAUAGAGAAAAAAAAUGUUCAGAAUUAUUUUUGCCCGAAUACAACGAUCACAAAAACCAUUUGGAGCAGUAACAGUUCAGAAUCCCCGACCACUUUGAUUUUAGAUCUUCCAGUUAUGUCUGAUUCUGGCAGCUGUAGUAGAUGUUUUCAAGAACCUAUUGAAUUUAAUAAAAAAUGCACGUGUACCAGUUUUCAGCAAAGCAAGCCAUUUCAAAAACUUCAAUUUGCAAAGAAACCUAUUGCUAAAAUUGUUCUAUUUUGCGUUUGGAUGAUAAAAAAAAUAACAACUAUAAUGAAAGAAGCUUAUGGAAAUUUUAAACGAAUUGUUUCAACAUUUAUAUCAACGAAACAACAAAUGAAAGAAUUCAAUCAAGUUAUUAUGACAUUACGCUCAGAGAAUGAACAGAUGAUCAACAAAUUUUUGGAGAAAAUUACCUGUUUGUCUGAUCAAAUUACUCAAGUGUGUGCAGGUAAUUCAACCGCUAUUGCCACUUUAACUGCAGAAGUUAUCAGUAUACAAGAACUAAGUAAAAAAUUGACCGGAAAUAACGAGACGCUGAUGCAAGAAUUGAAAACAUUACACCAAAUGCUGAAGAACAUGCAAUCGAAAUCUCCGAAGAAAUUACUAUCACUACCACUACCACCACCACUACCUCCUUCAUCUCUUCCACCCCCUAUACCAUCAAUUUUAAUAUCAUCCAACCCAUCAACUGCUUUUCCUCCUCCUCCUCCUCCUCCUCCACCGCCUCCUCCCCCACCUCCUCCUCCACCACCACAAUCAUCAUUUCUUCAAAUUUCGUCGCAUAAAUCGCCGAUUACACCAACAACUCCAAAUAAUGAUAGAAACAUCAGGUCGCCCUCGAGAAAGUGCUCGACACCACUGUUUAAUAGGCCAGCUAUAACUGUCGAGGAUUUGCUGAAGGUGACCCUAAAAAAAGCACCGCAAAACUUUAAGGAGAAUAGAAGAAACACGAUACCAGGACCAAAGGGACCCGUCGUUUCCUUAGACAUGUUACGUAGUGUGAAAUUAAAAUCUGCCAGGCGCAGAACGACUGAUCAAAUCAUAAGGUCUCCAAGGAGCGGACGAAUAAUUAAAACGCGAACAGCACCAAGUCUCAGUUUGUCUCCGAUUACAAAAAAUUCGGAAAACACGUUAGGGCGAAUUUUAAAACAGGUGGAAAUUAAUAAACGUGGCCCAAGACGUUUAUUGUCGAGCUCGUCAAGUUUUCGUGAAAAUAUUAUUGCAAAAGAUAAUCAAUUAUCGAGCUUAGAUAUGAAAAAUAACAAUUCACAAUCUAUGACUGCGUUACAGAAGUCGAUAAUCGUAGAUUAGAGGAAUAUUAUGUAAUUGAUAUCAGAAACAUGGUCGCAAUUUUAGUAAAUUAAGUUAUGAUUUGUUAUUGAUUAAUCGAUACAUAGAUCGGGUUAUCUAAUAUAAUAUGAUGAAUAAGAAUAAUUUAUUAAUAGUAGAGAAUUUUAUGUAUGACGAAUUUUUUUUUCUUUCUUUCUUUUUUUUUUUUUUUUUUUUUUUUUUUUUUUUUUUUUUUUUACUGAAUUGUAACUUAAUAUGUAGAAACAAAACGCUUAUAUUUUACAAAAUGCGCUCAAAAUCUUACUUUUAUAAUUUUACAGCCUGUAAGUAUGUCUUCAAAUUUUACUCAUAUGAAAUUUGUUUUUAAUAUAUUAAAUUACGAUUCUGUAAUAUUUAUUAAUUAGAAUUGUUACUGUUAUUGGUUUUGAGAAUGACUCAUUCUAAAUUGAUGACAAAAUACGAAAAAUAUUUUAAAAUUAUAUUCAAUUAUAAUUAUUGACUCAUAUACUAAUAUAAUAAUAAUAUUAAUAAUAAAGAUUCGUGGAAACAUUUAGAGAGUUGUAAUUAUUUUAUUUGUAGCUUUUCACGUAUGUGUGUAUGUGUGUGUGUAUGUGGUUUUACAGAAAAAGAUCGUAUCCAGUGUAAUCGCAUUGAUUGCAAUAAUAGUUAAUAAUAGUAGUACAGAGCGUGAGAACGCAUACGAAUCCGAUAAAAGAAACGACAGAUUUAAUCCCCUCCAAAUGACGAUAAAUUUCGAUAUCUAGGUCUAAUUAUUCGCUCUCGUGAAUUGGGUUAGCGACAAGAUGGAAUGAUCUGAAGAUAAUUACAAAAA